AUGACCCGCCUACAUAAAACUCUCCUACUCACCCUAGCUUCUCUAACCCCCAUUCUCACCACCAGCUACAGCCCCGCUGAAGACACAUGCAAAUCCCUCGCCUUCAUCCUCCCCUACUCAACUCAUUUCCCCACCUCGGCAACCUACACCUCCCUCAUCCUAAGUUACUGGUCCCUGCGCCAAUCCGAUCUCCACCCAGCCUGUUUUCUGACGCCAUCUACGGCGACCGACCUCGCUCAUGCCGUACGCAUCCUGACCACACGCAACACACCCUUCACGGUCAAAUCCGGCGGACAUACCGCCUUCGGCGGGGGUUCAAGUAUUGGUCCUGAAGGCAUAACCAUCGAUUUGUCGAGGUUGAACGAAGUAAAUGUCUCUCCCGACCAGCAGAGCGUAUGGGUUGGACCAGGAAACAGGUGGGUCGAUGUUGCGGAGCGGCUCGACCCGCAUGGCCUGGCGGUGCUCGGGGGCCGGGUAUGGUCGGUUGGGGUAGAAGGUUUGCUUCUAGGCGGGGGGAUCGGAUAUUUCAGCGGUCGUCGGGGGUUUGCUUGUGACGGGGUAAGGACAUACGAGGUCGUGACAGCAUCAGGGAAGGUAGUGAGGGCGUCGCGGCGGGAGAACAACGAUCUGUACUGGGCUUUGCGGGGGGGUGGGGGGUCCGAGUUUGGCAUCGUGACGAGGUUUGAGUUGGAGGCGUUUGGAUUUGGUAGGAUGUGGGCGAGUAAGAGGAUGUACUUGGCGAAUGAGGCCAACAGGACGCUGGUAGAACGGUUCCAUCAGGUUGCCAGAGAGAUCGGGAAGGAUCCUGAUGCGCAUACGUAUUUUGUGAUUUUGUACGAGGCGACGCUGGGGGGAUGGCUUGCGCUGUCGGAUGAGUUUCAUGUCACGCAUAACGACACGACCAAACCGCCGAAGGUGUUUGAGCCGUUCUGGGAUCCACAGCUGCCGUUGCUGUUCGAGUACACGCGGUUCAGCAACAUGUCACAGCUGACGCGCGAGAUCGAGACACCUCUGGGCCAGCGCUGGGCGUCGUGGACAUAUACCAUGAAGAUGACGGCGAACGCGGAUCUGCUGUUGGAACUGGUGCCGUUGUUCAAGGAGCAUGUCGAAAGGUUGUUCGAAGCUGCCACUGCCGUUGGCUCGACUUUAUCUCCUCACUUCGUGAUGCAGCCGAUUACCAGAAGAACGAUGAAGGCCAUGGAGGUCAACGGGGGCAAUGCCUUGCCCUUGAAUCACAAAGACGGCGACUUGAUCCUCAUGGAGCUAACGGCUGCAUGGAGCCACCCGUCUUUGGACGAUUUUGUCGAGAGGCAGACAAAGGAAGUCAUCGACAAGGUUGAUGCGAUUGCCCGGGCGUGGAGGGCGAAACAUCCGACCGGGUGGGUGUACAUGAACUACGCGGCAAAGCCGCAGGAUGUGUACAGGGGGUAUGGGCGGGAGAACUACUCCAAGCUCAGGAAAGUGGCAGAAAGGUGGGAUCCCCAGUGCAAGUUCCACAAGUUGUGGAAGGGUUACUUCAAGUUGGAGAGGAAGUGUAAAGGUGGGAAACACUAUUAA